AUGACAAAGGCAAAUUUAGUUCCACCACCACCAGCACCUGAAGUACACGAGCCAUCUACUUCAGCCGAUCCUUCUGCUCCAACCAGUACAACCGUGGACAAUGACCUUGCAAAGAGGUUGGAUAGCAUUGAGGCCCGGCUGGAGAAGCUUGAGUCCCAGCAGGAAGCCGUCAUAUUGGCACAGACGCGGUUAGUAAAUAGCCAUCUCAGUAUGAGGCGGUCCUUCACGGAGAGUCAGAAAGAUCUGAAGGAGACUCUACUGGCUAAGAUGGACGAGUUGAUGGCAAUGGUAAAAGGAGAGCCCACACCUGGAGAGCCCACACCUGCACCGCAAAAUGAGGAACAAAUGGAGAGUGAUAACGAAGAUGUCUUCCCAGAAGAUUGGGAAGCAGAUGAUAACGAGGCACCGUCAACUCCAUUGGAAGCAAUUAUCACGACUAUUGGUGAUACACAAUCACAGGACGAAGUCCUACUUCUACCUGGACCCCCACAAAAUGUGCCAUUUGUGAGGAAGAGGAAGCCGCCUACGUACUUGAAGGACUACACUGUAGAAAAGAAAAAGAGGCAAGUUGUUCUAGAGAACGUAGACCCGGAAAGACCAGUAGACCGUAGAUUGCUUCGUACGUUCAAUAGGUGGUUGAUUGGAGACAUUCCCAAUGCCCGACCUAGGAAUGUGCACACCGGUGUUGGCGAUGUCAAGUUCUUCACAACAUUGUUUCUAAAGGGGGAGUGGCUUCACGAUGGUGUAACACAUAAAUGUCAUAUCACACUUGAUGAGGAGGAGACGCCUUCAUUUUCCAGAGUUGUACCCUCAGCCAGGUGUGAUUUUGGACACAACACUUCCACAAUUCCUCAUAGGCAUUUGGGGUACAAGACUGGUGACAGAAGUACGUUUGAAUGGCCAGAUGCAGUGAACCAAUACUAUCUGGGUAUGGAGAGCCGUUACAUGCCAUGUUGGAAGGAUCAGAACUUCAUAUACUUCGUCCUGUACUUCGAUCAUCAAAAACAUUGGGUUGCUGUUGAGGUAGAUGUUGAUAUGUGGCAGAUUCGGGUGUACGAUAAUGAUUUAGCGUGCACCACCAACGCACAGUUUGAUGCCAUCAUGCUACCUUGGACUCAGCUGUUUCCACAUCUGCUGAGGUCAACUGGCUAUUACGAUCAAGUGAACAACUACAUUCUGAAUGUGGACUUAGGGGACAGUAGCCAACUCAGAUCAAUGCAUGCUAAACGCAUGCCAAGUGAGGUGGUUCCCCAAAGUAAAACAAGUGGUGAUUGCGGGCUAUAUGCCCUUGAGUACAUCGAACACCUAAUGCUGAAUCGAUCCUUGGACAACAUUACAGAUGAUAACAUGAGAAUGUUCAGAGAUCGGUGGUGUGUAGACUUGUUUUAUCAAAACUUAACGUGGUAA